GGGAGGGUAGGGUGUACCAUCUGGUAGACCCUCGGCUCGACAGAAAAGAAAAGAAUUCGAAACAUGGUAGCAAGAAAAUAUGACAGCAAAAUAGUCAAAUUAUUGGAAUUCUGUUAGCAAGCACUAAAUGAAUACAAAAAUUCAUAUAGUGGACCCAAAUUAAGGCAAUUUAUCUCCUGAAAUCAAACAUAAGAUAAAAGCAAAUGUAGUGAAUUUCUACUUAGUUUAGCGCUCCAUCUAAACAUGUGAGUUCACGUGAACUCAAUAAUGCUCAUUUAGUACUUAUGAGAUUCACAAAUAUAUGAAUAUUUGACUGUGAAUUCAUAAACGCCAAAUCCCAGAUCUUCCUUAUACCUACUACAUCUCAGCAGCAUAUGCUUACCUCAUACCUAUUAUUUUUCACCAGCACAUAUAUUGUGGCCUAUAGGUUGUAUUAAAUGCAUCAAUAACAGGGCAAAAAAGUGUUAUUAGUGUCACGUUUCUCUCCACUACCAUUUUUUCUUUUGAAUACUACUUUGAUUUGCUUCACUUGAGCCAAGGGUCUUUCGGAAACAGCCUCUUUACCUCCAUAAGGUAGUGGUAAGGCCUGCGUACAUUCCACCCUCCAUAGACCCCACUUUGUGGGAUUUCACUAGGUAUGUUGUUGUUGUAGUGACAGGGAAAAAAUAUGUUGCGACUGGGAGUCAUUAGGCUGACAUAAGGUGCAACGGCUUGCCACUCGGGCUCAUCACUUUGGCCGGAAGCAUGAGACGGUUGACUGAUAUAAUGGAGUGGAAGAAUGCUUUGAAAGAAUUCCCCAAUGACAUGAAUCUGUGAAGGCAAACUGAUCUGAGAUUCCCUUGAAUCGGUGAGCUCUUUUGAUUGUGCACUAUAGCCAAGGGGGUCCAUAUUGUGCUAAAAAGAAACGUUUCAUUUGUUUUGUUCUGUUCUGUUCAUACAUGUUUUUAGAUUCACCUUUAUGUUUUUUCCAUUUCAUCUGAUUAUAGAUAGUGAAUUGUUUCUCACUAGCUCAGCAAUGAUCAAGCUUUCUUGCUCUAAUGACGCUCUUUUCUGACCACUUUCAUUUUGUUUAUCUUGUCCUUGAUCAUGUAUUCGCUUCUUAUAGGAAUAGUAUCUAAAAGAUGGCCUCAUUACAUGUGCUUUUUAUACGAGUUCAAAUGUUAGGUUGUUGGACCAAAAUUCUAUAGUAAUAACAGCGAUGAGAACUCUGCCUACCUGAGUUACACCAAGUAUAAUUGGUUCUAAACUCAGAUAACAGCUUGUGGGUGUUUUUUGACAGGGAUGUUCUGUAAAUUGAUGCUCAUGCUGAAAGUUUGAUUUAUCUCGAGUUCUUCUUUCUAUUUCCUUAUUAAUCUCGAGUUUGUCUGUAAUAGUAGGAAAGAGUGCUUUAUUUGUAUCUGCGCCUGGAGUUUCUUGUUCGUGGUGUUUCAGUGAUGUCUAUGAUUUCGAAUGGAUAGUUUAUAAUGUUAUCUUGUGGCUGUGUUAUUUCCUUUAUUAGCUAGCAGUGUGUUUAUAGUAUUACCUUUUAUGUUUUUUUGUUUAUUAUACUGUUAUUUGUCCUGAGCCGAGGGUCUAUCGGAAACAGCCUCUCUACUUCAUCUGAGAUAAAGGUAAAGGUAUGGACCGCGUACACAUUACCCUCACUAAACCCCACUUUGUUGGAUUACACUGGGUAUGUUGUUGUUGUCUCUUCAAGAAUUUGCUAAUUCUUGACCACAUGAGGCCUUCAUUUUUCCUUAAAAAUUACCCGUUGUUUCUUUCAAUGAUUAGGUGGGUUGAGUUAAUAUUUUUAUUACUUAUUUUAACUUUUUAUGUGGAAAAUAUCUUCCUUCCCACCAAACCCACCCUGUAUCUUUUGUUUUUUCCCCAUUCUCUGCUGCUUUUGAUUUCUUACACCAUUUAUUGCUUUCUGCUUCAACUUGAAUAUCAAAGAUCUUACUGCUUUGCUGAGCAGCUGUAAAAGUGCUUUUUGGAAGAUCAUGGAUACUUUUAUUGAGAAGGUAGUUGAUUUUGGGGUGAAGAAAUUCAAAAGUAUUAGUGACUUCGAUGAGAAUUUGGAAACUCUGGAAAGAUAUGUAAAGCAAUUAUUAGAUAAAGCACUCGAUGUGAAGACAGAGGUUGAUAAUCGAGAGCAAUCUGGUAGGAGGAAGAGGAAAAGAGAAGUUGAAUCUUGGUUUCACGAGGUUACAAAGAUUGAAGAAGAACUACGUGCAUUAAAAGAAGUAGUAACAAGAGGGAAGAAAAAUGGAGGUGUUUUGGAGAAGAUGAAUGGAAGGGUAGGAGAACUUCUCGAGCAAAGUAAACAUUUUGGAACGCUCGUACAUGAUAUGUAUGAGCCUGAGGAGUGUCCACUGCUGGCAUCACAAUUUAAUGACAAAAUAUCAAAACAAAAUUUAUAAGUGAUUUGGACGUGGUUACAGGAUGAGAAUGUCUCAAGCAUCGGUAUAUAUGGUAUGGGAGGUGUGGGCAAAACCACUUUGGUAAAGCAUAUACAUAAUCGUCUUGUUAAGGAGAUUCAUUAUCAAGUCUGCUGGGUUACCGUUUCUCAAGGGUUUACCAUCAAAGGAUUACAAUAUGAACUUGCCAAAAUUUUGAAACUGGACCUUUCAGAUGAGGUAGACGAACAUAGAAGGGCAGCCAAGUUAAAUUGGGCAUUCAAAAACAGGAAGAAAAUUGUUAUCAUAUUGGAUGAUGUGUGGGAUCGCCUUUGCUUGGAGAAGUUGGGUUACUCUCUUGGCAUGGAAGGCUGUAGACUGAUUCUAACUAGUCGCUCAUCUGAAGUCUGCCUAAAGAUAGGUUGUCAGAAACUACGCGAAGUGAAGAAUCUCAAUUCUGAUGAUGCUUGGGAGUUGUUCAGGAAGAGUCUAGGAUGCGAGACUCUGGUUAGUCCAGAUAUCGAGCCAAUUGCCAAGUCCUUGGCGGGAAGGUGCAAAGGCUUGCCACUCGGGCUCAUCACUUUGGGGGGAAGCAUGAGAGGGGUGACUGAUAUAAGGGAGUGGAAGAAUGCAUUGAAAGAAUUCCCUGAUGACAUGGAAAGCGAUGUCUUCAAGGUACUUCAGUAUAGUUAUGAUCGGUUGAGAGAUACAAAUAUGCAAGAGUGCUUCUUGUACUGUGCUUUGUAUCCUGAGGACUGUGAAAUUGGUAGAGAUGAAUUAAUUGGUAGAUAUAUGAUGGAGGGAAUGAUGAAGGGAGAUAGCAGGGAAGAAGAGUUUAACCAUGGCCAUACCAUAUUGAAUAAACUAGUGAAGAUUUGCUUACUUGAAGCAACUUCCGAAGGAGUAAGGAUGCAUGAUUUACUCAGGGAAAUGGCAUUGCGAAUCACAAAUGUUAAACCAAGGUACAUGGUAAGGGCUGGAAUAGGAUCACAAGUUCCGGAGGAGCAAGAUUGGAUAUUCGAUUUGGAUAAAGUGUCUUUUCUUAAAAGCUACAUAAGGGGAAUCCCUGAAGACAUGGCUCCCAAUUGCCCCUCAUUAUCAAGCUUGCUUUUCUCUGAUUGUACUUUGAGAUGGAUCCCAGAAUCCUUCUUUCAGCAUAUGAACAACCUCCAAGUACUCGACUUGAGCUAUAACUCAGUGCUUAUGGAUUUGCCGAGUUGCUUUUCUAACUUGAGAAGUCUUAGGGCACUCUCACUUCGACAAUGUGAUCAGCUCAGAUAUGUGCCACCACUGGGAAAGCUCAAAAAUCUGAGGGUGUUAGAUGUAUCUUACACUGGUAUUAAGGAAGUACCUCAAGGCAUGGAAAACUUAUUCAAGCUUAAAUUUCUAGAUAUGAGUGGAAUAGGUCUUGAUGAACUGCCAAAGGAGAUAUUACGUAAACUUUCCCAUCUUCAAUACCUCAAACUUCCACUACGUGUGAAUGCAAAAAUUGAAGACUUGUCCAGCUUGGAACUUCUAGAAGAAUUCAAAGGCCGCUUCUGUGAUUUGCAUAACUUCAACAAGUUCAUGAGAAAUCGCCGGAACUGUGAGAAAGAUUGGUGGUAUGACAUAAGAGUAAUGCCAAAGGUGUCCAGCGCUCAAUGUUUCUUGCACCAUGACUCUGGAAAUCGUAGAGUCGAACAAAGAAAAGUGAUUCUACAGAGUUUCAGCCUUGAAGCAGAUGGAGGAGUUCCGGCAUCAAUUAUUCUUCCACAUUGCGUUCAAAAUCUACAUAUUGAAAACUGUCGUGGUCUGCGUAGCUGCUUGGUGGACAGUUUUCAGUUACAGGCUACUUUAAGAGGCUUGAGCUGUGUGAUCAAGCAUUGUGAUGACAUAGAAUGGAUUGUCAAUGUGCCUGAUGGGAGAAAUACUAUUAUAAAGACAGACUGCAUAUGUUUCCAUAGUCUGACUGUUCGUUAUUUGCGAAAUCUUGUUGGGGUUUGUAAGGGGAAAAUUGCAUCUCACACCUUCUCGGGUCUAACAGAAUUGUGUUUCAACCACUGCAAUAGGAUGAAGAAGUUGUUUCCAUGGGCUAUCGUGCAGGAUCUGAAAAACCUUCAGGUGCUUUGGGUACAGUAUUGUGAUGAGAUAGAAGAGAUAAUAGGAAGAGAGGAAGAGGGAAGUAGCCAAAGCAGCAAUCCCCAGAUUACGUCUACAACUGCUGAUCUUCCGAAGUUAAAACGGCUCCACCUAAGUGUCCUGCCUGAGUUGAAGAGAAUCUGUGAUGGAAAAUUGAUCUGUGAUUCCCUUGAAUCAAUGGAUUUUAAAUGGUGUCCCAAUCUGAAGAGGCUGCCUUUCUUUACUCCCAAUACAAAUGGGCAUCCUCUCCCUUCCCUCAAAAGAAUCGAAGUUAAAAAAAGUUGGUGGGAAAGAUUGGAGUGGGAUCAAUCCCAUGUCAAGACCCUCUUACAACCUUAUCUAAUUGCAGAUGAUGAUGAAAAAUUGGAGGGGAACCAAUACCAUGUCAAGAACCACUUUCGACCUUAUUAAAUUGCAGAUGAUGUUGUUGUUGUUGUUGUUGGUGGUGGUGGUGGUGGUGUUGACAACGAUGAUGGUGAUGUUGCUGCUGCUGCUGCUGAUGAUGAUCGAGGCUCACUGGCGCAGCAAUGAGCUGUCUUUCUGAUGUGCAGGAUUAACAUGAGUUAGGGGAGUUUUGGGGGUGUCUAAGCUCUCUGGAAAAAAACAAAGUAAAUGCAGGACACCUUAUGUUUCCCCCUUCUCUCCUCUUUUCAGCAUGUCGAUGGCGUAUCUGAGCUCACUUUGUUCUCCUUCCUUAUAUGAACUCCAUUAUUGAAAUUUUAAUCCUUGUAACUACCAUGAGAAGAAGAAUUGAUGAACAUGAUGAUGAGUUACCAACAAUUAAUUAAUAAGCUAUUGAUCUUUGA